CAUAUAAGGCUAUCCCAAAAUAGAAUUGACUGCAGUGCAAAAUAAACAUGAAAUGGCUUCAUCUAGAAACAAAUUCGACGAAGAAUUAUUUCUUGAAGUGGACAAGCAGUAUUCAAAUUACGGCGUGGAAAUAACUGAGAAUCCAUUACUGGUUUACGGGGUGUUAAGAGCGGUAGUCGAACAAGAUUUUCGAAAAGUAAGGCACUUUGUUAGAUUGGGAAAAUCGGUAAAUGUGAACGACAGUAGUGGCAACACACCCUUACAUGUAUCCGUAUUGAAAAAUAACACGGAGAUCCUCGACUACCUGCUGUCCCAGCCAACCAUAGACGUCAACGUUCAAAACUUCAACGGCGAAACUCCAUUAUUUCUCUCCCUGAAACUGGACAAUAUCGAUAUCGCAAAAACUCUUAUUCGUUUUGGCGCUAAUGUCAACCUCCAAAACUAUGAAGACGUAACUCCGCUUCACCUUGCCGUUACAUUUCCCGAGGUAGCUCACCAACUCAUCCUCAAUGGAGCCCACUUGGACGCUAGAGACUACAGCGGAGAUACUCCUUUGAGUGAUGCCAUAGCAGAAGAGAACCUGGAAACGGUCUGCAUGUUACUGUACUACAACGCAGACGCCAAUGUGAGAGGAGUCAACAACCUCACUCCUUUCAUGAAGGCCAUCGUCACUAAGAACGUGGAAUUACAGACCGUGUUGCUUGACUACGUUGACGAUUUCAACAUCGAAACUUACGACCAUACUAGCACCUUGGCUUUGGCGAUACGAAACUCAUCACCAUUCGUGGAGGAAAUCAUCGAAGGAGGAGCAGACGUGAACUACGCUUACGGCUACGACCUGGUAGACGCUUUCUCGUUGUGCCUGCAAUUUCCCAACGCGAAAAACUUUAAGCUGGUGUGGAAUAGGUUGAAAUAUGAUGGAGACGACAUGUCUCUUGGAAGCAUCUUGUGGAGGAUAUGUGGGACCUUGAGGAAAGAAUUCUUCAAGCAGUAUGUCGAUAUAAUAAUUGAAAGUGAUAAUCUAGCUCAAGUUGUAGACUCCAUAAGCACAGCAGAGGAUUUUUACAUGGUUAUCGUUAGGUUUUGCGAUUUUUUUCAUCAGUUGUCUAUCGACCAACUAACUAAGCUAACGUGUCGAUUACUUAUGUAUGGCUACAUCGUUACCAGUUUUGAUAUGAGUAAAGUUUUCCUUCACUACGGCUACUGCGAGCUCUUCAAAAUCAUGCUCCACAUGGAUAUAAAAUUCAUUGGUAGAAGACCUCCAGACACCUCUAGACUGAUCUACGACGUACAGCAUAAGAUGGACGUUCUUCUGGAUCAGCUUGUUGAAAUGAUUGACAUCGAAUACUUACACAACGCCAUCUACCAGGUUUUAGAUUACUGCAUUUACCCUAAACUGAUGACGGGGUAUUUGGAUCUGAACAAAGACGACUACGUUACUUUUAAGAUACUCCACUUGCCGAGAGUUCCGUCUUUGCUGAAGAUUUCGAGAAAUAAAUCUCGGGAGUUUAUCAUCGACAAAUUCAACAUAAAAACUUCGAGACAAUUUUACACAGUCAUUAAACACUUAGAGGUCAAUAGGGUUUAUAAGAAAAUAUUAUCUUUCGAAAGAAGAAUGUAUAUACCUGAUUAUGUUUUCGCACCUAAACGACGUAAAUGUCAAAUGAUAGAAUAGUUAUAUAGUCGAAUAUUAUAUGUUUGAAAACAGAAACUAUUAUUCGAAUGGAGGUUUUGAAUCA